CCCAUCGCGGGUCAGGUCGGAUAAUACCCGGCGGGGCGGGUUCAAAUUGCCACCCCUACAUACACCCCAAGCCCCCAACUUCCUCCUUGAACUUUCGGAAAAGGAAAAGGGUUAAAUUCCUAUUUGGCACCAAAUGUUUAUAUACUUUAACAAAUUGGUACAACAUCUUUUUAAGUUUUUAGUUCCAAAUGUUUAUAUCAAGGUUUAAGAAAGUGUUGGGCGUAAAGCGAGCGUUGAGGCUCUGCCUUGCACCUAGCAUGCUUAGGCAUUGCCUAGGCGUGUUUACGCGUUAGAUGCAAAUGUAUCAAAGUAUCUCACAUUUGUCUAUGAUCACAAGUUUAUGAACCAAUAUCAUCUCAUCCACCUCUCAUUUCUAAACUUUCACUAACAACACAUGGUAAAACAAAUAAAACAUAGUUGGAGAAAUGAGCAAGAAAGAAGAAACUGGAAAAUAGUGAAGCAGAUUGAGAGCGAAGAAGCACAAAAAUGAAAGAAGAAACUACUCUAAAAAUGGUAGUCUCUAACUAUAUCCUAGCCUAACUAUAGAGAAAUCAAUACAAUACUCCAUUCUAGUAUAUCAAAAGGUAGAAAAAAUACAUCAUGAUAUCAUUUUGAGGCGCAACUUAAUGCUCAUUGGGCGCCCUCCGAGGCCACAACGUAAUUGUGAUGCCUUCUUCACUGCUUUUUGCCAAGGCAAGGCGUUGUCCUUCUGACUUGCACAUAAUCGAGUUUAGGAUUGUGUCUAGGCACGUUUUUUAAAUACCAUGGUUUGUAUACUUUGGCUGGUGUGAUAUGAAUUGGAUCUCAUGUGAAAUAUUGUGAGUUGUGAAUUGCGAACAAAGUUGAAAGUUGCAACAUGGGUCUUAAUCAAGGUGGAUAGGACGGAAUUAAUAAAUGUAACAGAAAUGAAUUAUGAAGAAAUAUUUAAAGAAAUGACAAUUCUGAUAGAGAUGUGAAGAGUUCGAGUUGGGUCAAUAAAUAUACAGGUCCAUCACAUUAAUUCGAGAGCAGUGCAACUUAUCAAUGUGACCCAAAUAUUCUAGCUUGAGGUCGUUUGGAAGUUGCGAUUGUUAAAUAGAUAUAUUGUUGAGAAUGCAUGUAUAAUAUUGUACAUGUAUUGUCGAAUUUGAUGCAUUGUAGAAUACAACGUUUGGUAUGUGUGAUUGUGUAUGUCGCAUCAACUAAAAACUGAGACAAAACAAUCUCAACUCAACUAUCUCAACAAUCACAACUAAAAGUUGAGAUAUAAUAAUCACUCAAAAUGAGUGAUAGUUUCUGUCACAUCACAGAAACAAUCCAUGUAUUGUUUCUGCUAAAAAAACAAAACAAAAAAAACGAUGCAUUGUAAACAAUACAUGCAUAAUGACAAUCUCAACAAAACAAUCGCAACUUCCAAACGUCCACUAGAUAAACUUCUCACUAAUCUAAUGACUGUAUAGUUGGUACUUACUAAUCUAAUGACUAAUCGUAACCGGCUUUGUGGGCUUGGGAUACAGUUAGUAACCACUGGUUACUGAUCCAUUUUUUAAUUUUUGAUAUUUUUAAAUUUAUCCAGCAUUUAAUAAUUGGAUUUUCAAUGAAAGAGAGAGAAAUAGUCUUUUCUCUGCAACUCUUCUUUCUCCUUCUCUCUUCCUUUUUCUAUCCCAGUCUUCUUAUACUUAUCUAGAUUUGCUCCCUUCUCUUCUUCUUCAUUUUUUUCCCCCGCAAUCGAGGAAGAAAAAUUACAACCUCCCUAUUUCAUUGCAUUUCUUCUCUUCGUCAAAUCGUUGGCCUCAAUUCUGAUCUUUCUCCUUUUUUUGGCAUUUUGAUGUUCUUGAUUGCAGAGGAGGAAAUAAGAGGAGAUAGAAGAUGAGUUUUUUUCCUCCCUCUUUCUGUUUUUUGUCGUUUAGGUAAUAUAUAUUGAUAUACCACACUAUACCAUAUGGUAUUGAGUGGUAACGAAAUAUAUAUUGGUAUUACCACACUAUACCAUAUGGUAUUGGGUGGUAACGAAAUAUAUAUUGGUAUUACCACACUAUACCAUAUGGUAUUGGGUGGUAAUGAAAUAUAUAUUGAUAUUACCACACUAUACCAUAUGGUAUUGGGUGGUAACGAAAUAUAUAUUGAUGUGGCAAAUUCAUACCAUAUGGUAUACUCUUAGGGUCGUUUGGAUUUGGAAAUGUAAUGCAGUAAUUGGACCCAAUUACCACAUAAUACAGUAAUUGGGUUAAAAACCCAUGUUUGGGAGAGCAAAAAUGGUAUGGAAAUUGGACCAUGGAAAUUGGCUUCAAUUACCACAUUCAUGGUAAUUGAGAAUACUACACCUCCCCCUAGUAAUUUGACAUUACCACGUUUUCUUACUUCUUUUUCCAAAUUCCACACCAUCAAUUCCAACAAAACUAAAUCCUAUCCAAACGUGAAUUUUUUUUUUCAAUUUCCACAAGUCAAUUCCUUGGUUUUGUACAACAUGGAAAUUGAGACAAAUUUCAACGUUUUAAAAUUUUCACAUCCAAACGACCCCUUAGUUAAUAUCAGUCAAUACCAUAUGGUAUAGACUAGUAAUAGCUGGAAAUUUUUUUUGUGUCAAAAAAUAUCAAAAUGGAUAUCAUUUUGAAGAGCACAAUUAAUCUGAUCCAGCUGUGCAAAAAAAUUAAAUUCCGACUUAAAACGAGUGAGAAAUGAUUCGGUUAAAAUCUGCGUCAUAAAUAGGGAUAAAUGCAAUUUUACCUUACUGUCCUUUCGCAUUUAAUUUAAAUAAAAAAUUGACUAACACGUGGGGAUGAGAAGGAGUUUAUUGAUGAGUUAUUGUGAGUGCGUGCUACUUUUUUAUAUUAUCUCCAUUAGUUACUUACCAUCCUUAAUAUAUUUUAUUUUUGUAAACAUAUCUAAUUAAUUGAUUUCUGAAAGCUGUAGCGUAUCUAUCCGUUGCCCAAACAAACGCGAGAGGCAUCAUUCAGGCGUUAACCAUCCAUACCCGAUAGACUAAUCAACUUCCUCUCGUCAAAUCAAAAUACAAAUAUUUGGAAAGCUGAUUCCAUGGCCUCAAUUUGAUGCCAGAAAGCAAGGGACGGGAAGAAGGAGAGGGAAGGAACAAAGAAAGGGAAAGAGAGAGAGAGAGAGAGAGAGAGACACCACAGCUGGAGAGAGUUGCGUCACGAACUCACCUUUCUCUUUCCUUUUAUUGGUGGGAAUACUCACCGUUCUUUGGUUUGACAUUGUACACGUCUAAAGCCCGCGGCCUCCAGGCUUCUUUUUAUUAAGAUCUGUGAAUGCCUCAAUGCUAACUCUCGAGAAUCAGGAGAGGGAAAGAUAUUUUUGACAGAAGGGUUGAGUGUUGGAUGGGUGAGUUGAUGGUUCGAGGUAGAACCCACUGUCUGUUUUCUAGGAAAGUUUCCAUUUUUAUGUACAAAAUUUUCGCUGUCGGAUUGAUUGUUCUGUCUGGGGGGUUCAGUCGAUAAGCACGGCAAAAUGGAAUGAAUUAUUUUGGGGAGGGAAGGGUUGGAUUAUAUAGAGGGAGAGGGAGAAAUUGGUGGUGGACAUCACAGUUGAGUGUUUUUCCUUUUGUAGAGAGAAAGGGUUGAAGAAGAUGGAAGAUCAUGCAGAGGACCAUGAUAUAGAGAUAGAGGGAUAUGGAGGGAUCGGAGAAGAGAAGGAGUUCGGGUCAAUGAAAGAGCCACUCCUUCUCAGGAACAGGCAGAACAAUACUUCACAGAUUGCCAUUGUUGGUGCCAAUGUUUGCCCCAUUGAAAGCCUUGACUAUGAGAUUGUUGAGAAUGAGCUGUUUAAGCAAGAUUGGAGGGCUAGAAAGAAGAAUGAGAUAGUUCAAUAUGUUGUCCUUAAGUGGACACUGGCCCUUCUGAUUGGAUUUAGCACUGGGGUUGUUGCCUUUUUCAGCAACCUUGCAGUCGAGAACAUCGCUGGUUUUAAGCUUUUGUUGACGAACAGUCUUAUGCUUCGGGCCAAUUAUUACCAGGCAUUCGGAGCAUUUGCUGGUUGCAAUGCCGUUUUGGCUGUCGCAGCUGCUACCCUCUGUGCUUACGGAGCCCCUGCUGCAGCAGGCUCUGGCAUACCUGAAGUUAAAGCAUACCUUAAUGGUGUAGAUGCUCCUUCUAUUUUAGCUCCAAGCACUCUCUUCGUGAAGAUUUUUGGGUCCAUCUUUGGAGUUGCUGCUGGAUUGGUUGUGGGGAAGGAGGGACCUAUGGUCCACACUGGAGCGUGCAUAGCUGCCUUUCUUGGACAGGGUGGUUCUAGGAGGUAUCAUCUAACAUGGAGAUGGCUGAGGCACUUCAAGAAUGAUAGGGAUCGACGAGAUCUUGUGACUUGUGGUGCUGCAGCUGGUGUAGCAGCUGCUUUCCGAGCUCCUGUUGGUGGUGUCCUAUUUGCCCUUGAAGAAGCUGCUUCAUGGUGGAGGAGUGCUCUACUUUGGAGAACUUUCUUUACAACUGCUGUCGUUGCAGUGGUGUUGAGAGGUUUCAUGGACUUCUGUAAGUCUGGAAACUGUGGGUUAUUCGGGGAAGGAGGACUUAUCAUGUUUGAUGUCAACUCGUCAACUGCCAAUUAUGGCACCCCAGAUCUAUUGGCAAUCAUCUUCCUUGGUGUGCUUGGAGGCCUUCUGGGAAGCUUUUACAAUUAUCUUGUAGACAAGGUCCUUCGUACUUAUAGUAUCAUUAAUGAGAAGGGACCAAUAUUCAAGGUCAUACUUGUGCUGUGCAUCUCCCUUCUCACUUCGUGUUGCUCGUAUGGUCUCCCAUGGCUCUCAGCAUGCACUCCCUGUCCUCCCCACCUUAUGGAGCAGUGUCCCACUGCAGGUCGGUCCGGUAAUUACAAGAAUUUCCAGUGUCCGCCACACCAGUACAACGACCUUGCCUCUCUUUUCUUUAACACCAACGAUGACGCCAUAAAAAAUUUACUCAGCCCGGGGAUCACAAAACAGUUCCAUAUCCCAACCCUCCUUGUUUUCUUUAGCGCCAUAUUCUUCCUCGGCAUAGUUACAUAUGGCAUUGCAGUCCCUUCCGGUCUCUUCAUUCCUGUCAUUCUUGCUGGGGCGUCUUAUGGCCGCCUCGUUGGUCGCUUGCUCGGUUCUAUCUCUCAACUUGAUGCAGGUCUUUUUGCUCUCCUUGGUGCUGCAUCCUUCCUUGGUGGCACGAUGAGAAUGACGGUCUCACUCUGUGUCAUACUUCUCGAACUCACCAAUGACCUGUUGAUGCUUCCAUUGAUGAUGCUGGUUCUCCUCAUUUCCAAAACCGUGGCUGAUUGUUUCAACAAGGGUGUGUAUGACCAAAUCGUGAAGAUGAAAGGACUUCCGUACAUGGAAGCUCAUGCAGAGCCAUACAUGAGGCAGUUGGUAGCAGGGGACGUUGUUUCGGGCCCAUUGUUCACUUUCUCCGGGGUUGAAAAAGUGGGGAACAUCUGGCAUGCCUUGAAGAUAACCAGGCACAAUGCAUUUCCGGUGAUCGACGAGCCACCUUACACGGAUGCACCAGAGCUGUGUGGGCUUGUGCUCAGGUCUCAUCUCCUUGUGUUGCUCAAGGGGAAGAAGUUCACGAAACAUAAGGUGAUGACCGGUUCAGAAAUCAUGAGGAGAUUCAAGGCACAUGAUUUUGCUAAAGCCGGGUCUGGGAAAGGAGUGAGGUUGGAGGAGUUGGAAAUCUCAGAAGAGGAGAUGGAGAUGUAUGUUGACCUUCAUCCUAUCACCAAUACUUCCCCUUAUACUGUCGUCGAAACAAUGUCACUGGCGAAAGCAGCUGUUCUGUUCCGAGAGCUUGGUCUUCGGCACUUGUUGGUUGUGCCAAAGACCCCAGGGAGGCCUCCGAUUGUUGGGAUACUUACGAGGCACGAUUUCGUGCCAGAGCACAUCUUGGGGCUCUACCCCCAUAUCAAUCCUCACAAGUAGGAGCCAGGGGGCAGACGAGAAAGAAUGAAAAGUAGGCAAGCAGAACUUCUUAGCUAUACCCAAUAUACCUUUUGCAGUCUUCGUCAGGCAAUGUACAAGAUUUUGUUUGUAAAAGCCGAGGGGUUGCAUUGUGAAUUUUCAGAUGCUAUGAUAUAGUUUUGAGGUUUGAAUAAGAGAUUGGUAAAUGGGAGAGACAACAUUGGAUACAUAUUAUAGAGAGGAGGCCAAUGUGACCCCCUCUUAUACGAGAGGUGUGCAGAUUAUUGCAAACAUUGCUUCUGAGAUGAACGUUAUUUUAUUUUGAUAUUUUCUUGUUUCCUUCCGUUCCUUGUGUAUAGGUGUAUUAUGUUGGGAAACCAUCAUCUUUAUGUUAUUUUUUUUUUUGGGGUGUGAAACGUUUACAGAUGGUGUGCUUGUUUAGUUCUUUCCAAGUUUCAAAGGAAGAGAAAGUGUGGUUCUGUUUCAGUAAGGUUCGAUGGCAAGGACGACGAGCAAUGAUACUCGAUGAAUGGUGAAAUUGAUGGUGAUUUUGGAAGGAACCUUGCAGCAGGGCUCCUACAGCAUCGAUAUUGGGAGUUCACGAGCUUUGUCCAAGGGAAAGGAAAAAGAGAAUGGCUCGAGUUGAUGAAGAUCAUGGGAUCUCGAGACAGCAGCCAUGGUUGAUCAUAGUCUUCAGUGAUAAUUUGUGUUCAGUGCAGCCAUGGUUUAUCUAUAUUCUUACUAGGAAUGACUUCUGCAGAGGAGAAACAGUACUGAUGGAGUUUUAGGAAUGGUUGCAAAGUCAAGGGGAUUAACCGAUUAGGAAAAAAAACGAAACAAUGCA